AUGUAUGUGUCCCCUGUCCCCCCCCAGGACCCGCUGUGGAAGGUGCGGCGCAGCCAGAAGCUGGACAUGUCGGCCCGGCUGGAGCUGCAGUCGGCUCUGGAUGCUGAGAUCAGAGCCAAACAGCUGAUUCAGGACGAGCUGCGGAGAGUCAAAGCUGCUAACAUCCACCUGGAGAGUAAGCUGAAGGAGUCUGAGGAGAGGAGUGUGGAGAUGUCGGAGCAGAUGGAGAAUCUGAGGAGAGAGAUGGAGGACAGUCGUUCUGUCAAAGGUAUGAAGCUUCCAGACUUCCAGGACUCCAUCUUUGAAUAUUUCAACACGUCUCCUCUGGCUCCAGACCUCACCUUCAGAACCUCAGACAUAGACCCCUCCGAACACGAGGAAGUGAAAGCAGCGUCAGUCCCAGCGAGCCCCUCCCCCCUCUCCCAGCUCUCAGCACUGACCACACCAAAGCCCAAAGCUCACCAGCUGAGCAUCAGGACGUUCUCCAGUCCCACUCAGUGCACACACUGCACCUCUCUGAUGGUGGGACUCUUCAGACAGGGAUACGCCUGUGAAGUGUGCUCCUUCGUGUGCCAUGUGACCUGUAAAGACCACGCCCCCCUGGUCUGUCCAAUCCCAGCCGAGCACGCCAAGAGGCCGCAGGGCAUCGACGUGCAGCGAGGCAUCGGCACCGCCUACAAGGGCUACGUCAGGGUAAGACCCUAUCCCAAGCCCAGCGGUGUGAAGAAGGGCUGGCAGCGAGCCCACGCUCUGGUCUCUGACUGCAAACUCUUUCUCUAUGAUGUCCCUGAGGGAAAGUCCACCCAGCCAGGGGUAGUGGCCAGUCUGGUGCUGGAUCUCAGAGACGAGGAGUUCUCCGUCAGCUCGGUCUUAGCUUCAGAUGUGAUCCACGCCACCAGGAAGGACAUCCCCUGCAUCUUCAGGGUGACCUCGUCCCAGCUGACCUCCCAGCUGUCCUCGGUGUCCCUGCUGGUCCUGGCCGAGAGCGAGGUGGAGAAGAGGAAGUGGGUCCGGAUCCUGGAGGGUCUGCAGAGCAUCCUGACCCAGAACCUGCUGCAGAGCCGCCCGGUCCACGUCCUGCAUGAGGCCUACGACGCCUCGCUGCCCCUCAUCAAGACCACGCUGUCGGCCGCUGUGCUCGAUCGGGAGAGGAUCGUCCUGGGAACAGAAGAUGGACUGUUUGUGGUUGAGGUCACCAGAGAUGUGAUCGUGCGAGCAGCAGACAGUAAGAGGGUCUACCAGAUCGACCUGAUCCCAAAGGAGAAGAUCGUGGCUCUGCUCUGCGGGCGGAACCGGCACGUCCACCUCCACUCCUGGGGGGCCCUGGAGGGGGCCGAGGCCGCCUUCGACAUCAAGCUGGCCGAGACCAAAGGCUGCCAGGCCCUGACCACCGGGCUGCUCCGGCCUGGGGGGCCCGCAUGCCUGCUGGCUGCCAUCAAACGUCAGGUGCUGUGCUACGAGGUGUCCCGUGUGAAGCCCUAUCAUAAGAAGCUGUGGGAGGUCCAGGCUCCGGGCCAGGCCCAGUGGCUCGGUAUGGUCCGGGACCGGCUCUGUGUGGGCUACCCGUCUGGGUUCGCCCUGCUGGCCCUCCAGGGGGAGUCCUCCCCCAUCAGCCUGGUGAGCCCGGCCGACCCGUCUCUGGCCUUCCUGUCCCCGGCGGCGCCGAUGGACGCGCUGCACGCCACCGAGGCGGGCCCGGCAGAACUGCUGCUCUGCUUCAGCCAGCUGGGGGUCUACGUGGACGGGCAGGGGCGCCGGUCCAGGACCCAGGAGCUGAUGUGGCCCGCCACGCCACUGGCAUGCAGCUCCAACUCGUCCCACCUCACCGUCUACAGCGAGUACGGCCUCGACGUCUUCGACAUCCACACGGCCGAGUGGGUCCAGACCAUCUCGCUGCGCAAGAUCAGACCUCUGAAUGUUGAAGGGACCUUGAACCUGCUGAGCUCAGAGCCGCCUCGUCUCAUCUACUUCAGCAACACCUCAUCAGAGGGGGACCUGACCAUCCCCGAGACAUCGGACUACAGCAGGAAGUUGAUGGUUCGAACUCGCAGCAAGAGGAAGUUCCUCUUUAAGGUUCCUGAGGAGGAGCGCCUUCAGCAGAGGAGGGAGAUGCUGAGAGAUCCAGAGCUCAGAUCAAAGAUGAUUUCUAAUCCCACAAACUUCAACCACGUGGCCCACAUGGGACCAGGAGACGGCAUGCAGGUCCUCAUGGACCUCCCUCUGAGUGUGAUGCCUUCGUCUCAGGAAGAGUCCAUUAAAGAUAAGCCCCGCCCACUGUCCAGUAUCUCCCGGCAACAGAGGAGCAAGACUCACAUCACACGCACAGCUUCAGACUUUGGGGGAGGGGCUUCGUCUCGGAACAUCUCUGACCCGGACCAGGACCUGGACCGAGAGCCUGACUCUGACUCGGCCAAGCACUCCACCCCCUCCAACAGCUCUAACCCCAGUAGCCCCCCAGCCCCAACCCCCCACCGCAGCCGCCUCACGCUGGACAGCCUGGAGAUGGACCCCUGAGGCCCCGCCCCGCCGGAGGCCCCUGCCCCCACCGGAGGCUGAAUCAACCAAUCAGGCUGCAGACUGAGAGUUAU